GACGUAGGCGGUUGGUGUGCGUGAUGACGUAAAGGGGAAGACGCGUCCAUCUCACAGAGAAACGCUCAGCUGCUGACUCCAUUUUGUAGCUGGCGGUUUGACCGGCUCCUCGCCCGAUUCUACACCCGAAUACAAGGCCUCCGCCUGAUUCUACACCCGAAUACAAGGCCUCCGCCUGAUUCUACACCCGAAUACAAGGCCUCCGCCCGAUUCUACACCCGAAUACAAGGCCUCCGCCUGAUUUUACACCCGGAACAUCCGACCACAGGGCCUCCGCCCGAAUCUACACCCGAGCACAGGGCGCUCAGCGAGUGAGGAGAGAUGGAAUGGGGGAAAAGAGGAGAUCCAGGAGGAGACAUGGCCACUCCGGCUGCAUCUAAAGUUGUACUAAAGAGCACCACCAAGCUGUCCCUGAAUGAGCGCUUUACUAACAUGCUGAAGAACAAACAGAUGAUUCCGGCCAACAUCCGCGCCACCAUGCAACAGCAGCACCUGGCCAGCGCCAGGAACAGAAGACUAGCCCAGCAGAUGGAGAGCAGGCCUUCGGUGCAAGCUGCUCUGAAGCUGAAACAGAGCUUGAAGCAGCGGCUCGGCAAGAGCAACAUCCAGGCCCGGUUGGGGAGACCGGUGGGGAACCUCCAGCGAGGAGGAGUCGGAGGGAUGAGAGGAGGCGGCAUAGGAAUGCGGGGCUCCCAGAGAGGCAUGAUGAGGGCCGGCCGGGGAGGUAGAGGAAUGCCCAGGGGCGCGAUGAGCAUGAGAGGGCAAAACCUCAGAGGCCGCGGCGGUUCUCCGAGAAUGGGGAUGGGAAUGAGGAGAGGUGGUGGGCUGCGAGGACGUGGCAUGGCUGGAAGAGGACUAAGAGGGGGAGUCAUGAAUCGUGGAGGUCCUGGAGGAAGAGGCCGUGGCGGUGUCGUUGCUCGGGGUAGAGGAGGGUUCAGCCGAGGACGAGGCCGCAGUAGAGGAAGGGGAUCACCACGUCCAGCACUGACCCGCGAGCAGCUUGACAACCAGCUAGACGCCUACAUGUCCAAAACGAAAGGCCACCUGGACGCUGAGCUAGAUGCCUACAUGGCUCAGGCGGACCCCGAAACCAACGACUGACCGACCCACCCAACUUUUUAUUUAAAGAACUGAAUUCUUACCAGCCUCUGCCGGAGACAAAAAAAAUAAACGGCAGCCAACCGGCUCAUCACCUCGUUUUAGAGUUCCUUUUACUUUUUUUGAUACUUAGAACUGGUUUUUGUUUUUCAAGUAUUUUAUUAUUGACUGAAUGUACGGCUGACGGGACACACCGCCGCCCGUCUCUUCCGGACAGGAAAUAUUUUAUCACUGCCCUGCAGAUUCCAAACGUGGCCUGUCCCAUUCACACUGAUCUGCCGCAUCAAGGUGCAUUGCGGUAAAGGUGACCCCCGUAUGAUUGGCGCACCACAUCGCAGGUUUUUUGUUGUAACGUUUGUUGUGUGCGCCGGCCAGUGUGUAUGGGGCCGUUCUCAGGACGGGACCGCUGUUGACAAUCGGCGUCUCGUCUUUUUGGCAGUACAUAGGAUAUUGUCGGGUUUUGUAGCCGCGGUGUUUAUUACUGUUGAACAAUCAUUAAACACUUUACAAGUC